AUGUUUGCUGCUGAGCUCUAUGAUCACUGUGCCUUGAUUGGUUCUCUCUCUCACUCAAUGGCAGCGGAGCGAGCAAGGGUGGGGUUGGCACCUUUACCCGGCAUGAAAGGCACAGAUUACAUUAACGCGUCUUACAUAAUGGUGAGUACCACCUCCUGUCCCUCCUCUGUCAAUCAUUCACUGUCCCUGUCACAUACCUGGCUCGACCAACUGAGCUAAGGAAUGUCAGUAUUAUGAUAUAAGAUCCCUUUGUCUCAUAGACGUUCAUUGCUAUCAACUGAGAGGAAUGGACUUGGAGUUGUUGUUGACCUAUGUGAAUCCUAUGUUUGUGUCGGGACAGAAAAAGGUAGACUGCUAGAUCUAAGGUGUUUUGAGCAGUGGUAGGCUACUGCUGUGGCAGGUUUCAUCUGAGACACACAUGCUUGUUUUUAUCUUUGUGUGUAACCACAACACGACCCUUGCUUGAACCCUUGACCUCUGUUGUGACACCACAGGGCUACUACAGGAGCAAUGAGUUCAUCAUUACCCAGCACCCUCUGCCCCACACCACUAAAGACUUCUGGAGGAUGAUCUGGGACCACAACGCACAGAUCAUUGUCAUGCUGCCGGACAACCAGGGGCUGGUGGGUCUCACACACACACACACACGCAUGCAUGCACACACAUGAACAUGAACAAAUGCAUGUGCGUGUGCACGCAUGCAGACACACAUACAUGCACACACACACACACCACCACCAAGGGUUGUUGGCUUCAGCCUCAUCUCUGGUCUAUUAAAGGGCUGUCUUAGCAUCCUAAGCUUAGUCUCUCCCAGCAUUGGCCCAGUGUUCACACAGGAAGCCACUCGUUUGGGGGUGAGAGGCAUUGAGAUAAGGACUGGAGGUGACAGCAGCUGUAUCAGUAGUUCCACUCAGCCAUAUGUCUCACUAAGAUUAAGAUCACUUUAUUGGUCAAUUGCAAACAAGGUCCAACGAAAUUUGACAUCCACUUUUAACCCAACCCCGCCAAAAGACACACAUUCAUACAGUGCCUUCAGAAAGUAUUCAUACCCAUUGACUUAUUACACAUUUUGUUGUGUUACAGCCUGAAUUCAAAAUGGAUUAAAUAUUGUUUUUUUCUCACCCACUUACACACAAUACCCCAUAAUGACAAAGUGAAAACAUGUUUUUAGAAAUGUUAGCAAAUUUAUGGAAAAUAUAAUACAGAAAUACUGCAUCUCAUUUACAUAAGUAUUCACACCCCUGAGUCAAUACUUUGUAGAAGCACCUUUGGCAGCGAUUACAGCUCUGAGUCUUUCUGGGUAAGUCUCUAAGCUUUCCACACCUGGAUUUUGCAACAUUUGCCCAUUUAUUAUUUUCAAAAUUAUUCAAGCUCUGUCAAAUUGGUUCUUGAUCAUUGCUAAACAACCAUUUUCAGGUCUUGCCAUAGAUUUUCAAGUAGAUUUAAGUCAAAAGCCGGCCACUCAGGUCUUCUUGGUAAGCAACUCUAGUGUGGAUCUGGCCUUGUGUUUUAGGUUAUUGUCCUGCUGAAGGUGAAUUUGUCUCCCAGUGGCUGGUGGAAAGCAGACUGAACCAGGUUUAGCUCUAGGAUAUUGCCUGUGUUUAGCUCCAUUCUUUUCUAUCCUGAAAAACUCUGCAGUCCUUAACGAUUACAAGCAUACCCAUAACAUGAUACAGCCACCAGUAUGCUUGAAAAUAUGGACAGUGGUACUCAGUAAUGUGUUGUAUUGGAUUUGCCCAAAACAUAACGCUUUGUAUUCAGGACAAAAAGUGAAUUGCUUUGCCACAUUUUUUGCAGUAUUACUUUAGUGCCUUGUUGCAAACAGGAUGCAUGUUUUGGAAUAUUUGUUAUUCUGUACGGGCUUCUUUCUUUUCACUCUGUCAAUUAGGUUAGUAUUGUGGAGUAACUAUAAUGUUGUUGAUCCAUCCUCAGUUUUCUCCUAUCACAGCCACUAAACUCUAACUAUUUUGAAGUCACCAUUGGCUUCAUGGUGAAAUCCCUAAGCAGUUUUUCUUACUCUCAGGCAACUGAGUUAGGAAGGACACCUGUAUCUUUGUGUAUUGACACAUCAUCCAAAGUGUAAUUAAUAACUUCACCAUGCUCAAGGGAAUAUUCAAUGUGUGGUUUUUUUUACCCAUCUACCGAUAGAUGCCCUUCUUUUCAAGGCAUUGGAAAACCUCCCUGGUCUUUAUGGUUGAAUCUGUGUUUGAAAUUCACUGCUCGACUGAGGGACCUUACAGAUAAUUGUGUAUGUGUGGGGUACAGAGAUUAGGUAGUCAUUCAAAAAUCAUAUGAAACACUAUUAUUGCACACAGAGUGAGUCCAUGCAACUUAUUAUGUGACUUGUUAAGCAAACUUUUACUCCUGAACUUAUUUAGACUUGCCAUAACAUUUUACAUUUUAGUCAUUUAGCAGACGCUCUUAUCCAGAGCGACUUACAGUUAGUGAGUGCAUACAUUUUUCAUACUGGCCCCCCGUGGGAAUCGAACCCACAACCCUGGCAUUGCAAACGCCAUGCUCUACCAACUGAGCUACACGGGGCCUGUGUACCUACCUAACAAAGGGGUUGAGUACUUAUUGACUCAAGACAUUUCAUUUUUUCAUUUUUUAAACAUUUGUAAACAAUUUGAAAAACAUAAUUCCACUUUUAUGUUUUGUAGUGUGUGUAGGCCAGUGACAAAAAGUGCCUUUUUCAAGGGCACAACGGCAUGCAAUGGCAUCUAGGAUUUGAUACCAGCAACCCUCCGGUUGCCAGCUAAUUUCCCAUCAGAUUUUUCCGGAUUCCCGGGCAAUUCUCCGAUUGCUGGCUUACCUCUCUACUUGCUGCCCAUACCUGUCGCCUCUCUAACUAACUCUCUCUAUAUAUCUAUGAUUUUACACACUGAGUAGUGGCACUUCUGCACUCAUACUCCAGUUCCUUUAACAUUUUGAUGUUUUUGUUUUAGGGCUAGUCCUUUGCUCAAUAUGAACUGUCAGUUCUUAUACUAAACUGAAAUGUCUCACACUCCCCUUCCUUGUAUUUCUCCUUUUUCCUCCCUUCUUUCUCACCCUUUUCCCUUUCAUUUUCAUCCUUGUUUUGGUUUGGCUGUGUGUCUUUAGGCGGAGGAUGAGUUUGUGUACUGGCCAAGCCGAGAGGAGGCCAUGAACUGUGAGGCCUUCACUGUCACGCUCAUCAGCAAAGACAGACUAUGCCUUUCUAAUGAAGAGCAGAUCAUCAUCCACGACUUCAUCCUGGAGGCCACACAGGUACGGUGCGAUGUGUGUGUGUGCGUGUGUGCGUGCGUGUGUGCGUGCGUGCGUGUGUGUGUGUAUGAAGUCCUCUGUAGCUUAGUUGGUAGAGCAUGGCGUUUGCAAUGCCAGGAUGCCAUGGCGUUAAAUACCCAGCACCACCCAUACGUAAAAUGUAUGCACGCAUGACUGUAAGUCGCAUUGGAUAAAGUGUCUGCUAAAUGGCAUAUACCUGUAUUAUACACUGAGUAUACCAAACAUUAGGAACACCUUCUUAAUAUUGAGUUGCACACCCUCCCCUUUUGCCCUCAGAACAGUCUCAAUUCAUCAGGCAUGGACUCUACAAGGUGUUGAAAGCGUUCCACAGGGAUGCUGGCCCAUGUUGAAUCCAAUGCUUCCCACAGUUGUGUCAAGUUGGCUGGAUGUAAUUUGGGUGGUGGACCAUUCUUGAUACACAUGGGAAACUGUUGAGCGUGAAAAACCCAGCAGCGUUGCAGUUCUUGACCUAAACCAGUGCGCCUGGCACCUACUACCAUACCCCGUUCAAAGGCAUUUCAAUCUUUUGUCUUGCCCAUUCAGCCACUGAAUGGUACACAUACACAAUCAUUGUCUCAAUUGUCUUAAGGUUUAAAAAUCCUUCUUUAACCUGUCUCCCCUUCAUCUACACUGAUUGGAAGUGGAUUUAACAAGUGACAUCAAUAAGGGAUCAUAGCUUUCACCUGGAUUCAUCUGGUCAGUCUAUAUCAUGGAAAGAGCAGGUGUUCCUAAUGUUUUGUAUACUCAGUGUAAAUUUUUAUAUUAUGUGUGCGGUGUGUUUAUUGGCCUGCGUCUGUGUGUAUGACUGUCUUUACCUGCAUGAGUGUGUGAGUCAGUCCAUGUGUGUAGGUUGGUGUCUUUGUACGUACACCUACCUAAACUAUCCCUUCCUCUGUCUUUCUUUUCCCUCCCACCAGGAUGACUAUGUGUUGGAGGUGCGUCACUUUCAGUGCCCUAAAUGGCCCAACCCUGAUGCUCCCAUGAGCAGCACCUUUGAGCUCAUCAACGUCAUCAAGGAGGAGGCCAUGAUCAGAGACGGACCCACCAUAGUACACGAUGAGUGAGUGUGGCAUGUCCUGCUCCUGAUGACAGAAAUAAUCAUUAUCUCUGCUUUUAACCUCUUUAAGUAAAUCAUUUAAACUGUAUUCUGUUUCAACAGAACAUGUAAUUAUUCACUCUAACCAGGUUUCCAUCCAACCUUUUUAUGCUUAAAGUACAUGUCGGCAGUGCAUGUCGGAUAAAACAUUUCACCAAAGGCCUGAUGGAAACAGCUAAUUUGCCGGUAAACUUUCCAAAUAUUGACAACACAAAAUACACUAGAGAAGGUGGGAUCUUUGUGUCUGUAAAAUUAAUUAUGCGAGAAAUGGCGGUGGAAAUGCGUUUAUGCUCAAAUAUUGAUAUAAUAUCGAAGUAAACUUGGAGUCACGUGAUGAUAUUUUGUGAGGUUCAGUUUAUUAGGCUACUGUUGAAAUAAGUUAGGAUGAACUUCACAGGGUGGUGAAAGUGCAUGGUGAUCUUGAUGCACCUUUCCAAUAAAUAUCGAGGGUCUUAUUCUGGUGUCAUGAUGAUCGAUGCUUGGCUGCCGUUUGACAAAUAAAAAUAAUCUUGAUCUUUUGUCCAUAAUAAUCUCAUCAUGUAGGCUAUGCCCGCAAUGUAUCUGCGAGCUGUUGGCUAGAGCGCAGGUGUCAAGACCAGAGUGGGCACUCUCACUAUAGCCUUUAAUGCAACGUUUUUGUGACAAAACCAUCAGUAGAGUUGAAAAUGUGAUGGAAACCCAUUUAACUUGUAUUUUUUAUUCGGUACAUGGGAAUUUAACCGCAAAAGGUAUUUAUGUGCACUACAUCAUCACACACAGCCUUUUAUCUGCAUUAAGUUCCACCCCCAGGUACCCUGAUAUGCCAUCCAAUUAGAAAUAAUGAACGUCUAUUAAUACUAACAGACAUUAGCGGACACGAACAACACUCCCAACGACGAGACAUGCAGCCUCAGUCAUGUUUAUUCAUUAGGAAAAUGAAGAUUGCUUGUCUCAUCCCAGAGAAAAAAGGGACUAAUUGAGCAUUUCAGUUCUGUAUCGUUACUAUGGAAUCCCCCCCUAAGAGGUUUUGGAUAGACGGCUGUCGUAAUUGUCUGCAUAUUCAUUAGCUGGUGAGACAUGGUUGUUAGCUUGUGUAUCUCCAUCACACUUGACAUGGCUGUUAAUAGAAGCAGCAACCUUUUCCUGUGAGCAUCCCUCUUUUUCUAAGGGGCUGAACCCCUCCUGUAGUCUCACAUGGAAUUAAUUUGCCUCUCUGGGCUCUAUGCUAAUUUGUGACCCUGUGGGUCCCUCAGUCCCUGUCCUGUUUUAGGGCCUAUAAAGUAACCCUGUUUGUCCCUCUCCUGUCUCCUAGGUUCGGGGCAGUGUCAGCAGGCAUGCUGUGUGCCCUUACCACGCUGUCCCAGCAGCUGGAGAGUGAGAGUGCCGUGGGCGUCUAUCAGGUGGCCAAAAUGAUCAACCUCAUGAGGCCUGGAGUUUUCACAGACAUAGUAAGUAGACCAGUAGAGCAUGAUUAUGGGACUGAACAGAUUAAAUGUAAAGACUACAUAAUUGAACAUUUGUAGUUUCCCCCUUCUCUAAGAGCGUUUCUCUCUCCCUCCACAGGAUCAGUACCAGUACCUUUAUAAAGCUAUGCUCAGUCUGAUCAGCACCAAGGAAAAUGGCUCUGGCCUCAUGUCCAUGGACAGAAAUUGCACCAUGGCCAUGUCUGAUGAUUCAGACCAGGCAGAGAGCAUGGAGUCCCUCGUCUGA